AUGAGCUUCUUCGCUGCUGCAAUUCGACGCGCACCGUUUCAAUCAUUGCAUUUGCCGGUCACAGGACUAUUCACUACACGCGCCAUGCAUAUCCAAUCAAUUCCCAUGUGGGAGGGUUCCGGCAACAACUAUGCCUACCUUGUUUCGGAUAGUAAGACACGUGAAGCUGUGAUUAUCGACCCAGCAAGCCCAGAGGAAGUUCUUCCAGUCCUCAAAAAGGAGACAGAUGGCGGUCUCAAACUGACGAACAUCAUCAAUACCCACCACCAUCACGACCAUGCGGGAGGAAACAAGGAGAUCCUUAAGCAUUUCAAGCUCCCAAUCAUUGGCGGCCGCGAUUGCAAUCUAGUCAGCAAGACUCCCGCACACAAGGAAACAUUCAAAAUUGGUUCCAUAGAAGUCACCGCCCUUCACACACCAUGCCAUACGCAAGACAGCGUUUGCUUCUAUUUCAAAGAUGGGGACGACAAGGCCGUCUUCACCGGUGACACCAUGUUCAUCGGCGGCUGUGGCCGCUUUUUUGAAGGUACAGCGGAGGAGAUGCACAAAGCACUGAACGAGACUCUGGCCGCGUUGCCGGAUGACACCAAGAUAUACCCAGGUCACGAGUACACCAAGGGCAACGUCAAGUUUGCAAAGACUGUAGCGAAGGACAACGAAGCCGUCAAGAAGCUUGACGCCUACUCCCAGGCGAACAAGGAAACUCAAGGCAAGUUCACCAUCGGCGACGAGAAGAAACACAACGUCUUCAUGCUCUUCGCCGACCCCGAGAUCCAGAAAGCCGCCGGGCAAACUGAGCCCGUAGAAGUCGUACGCUCACUGCGAGCACUAAAGGACAAAUUGUAG